GAGCCAAGACAGUGUCACGUGAGGCGCCCAAGAUGGCGGCGCUGAGGGCGGUCCUGGGGUGUCGGGGGGUCUCUGCCCCGCGCCGCCCCCCCAGGCAGAGCCGGGGGGCAGCGGGGGGGCUGCUGCAGCGCCUGGGCCGCUGGUUCUACGAGGUGGACGAGGUGGUGGCCUGGGGAGAGCGGCUGCGGCGGAACCGGCUGCGGAGCAGAAACGCGUACUGUGGCUUCCUCAGGGACACCUACGGGGACAACGUGGCAGCUGCCAUUUUCACCUUGUCCUUCGGUGGGGGGGUCAGAUUUGAGGGGCAGGAGCACUGGAUCCGUCCCGAGAGCCGCUGGCGCCCCGAGGUCCUGCGGCUCCGCGACGUCCCCGUGGUGGCCGUGGACCUCAGCGGCUCCUCCCUCACCUAUGAAGGCUUCGACAACCUGGUACUGCUGAGCCAGCUGCAGCACCUGGACCUGAGCAGGUGCCCCCACCUGGAUGACUGGGCACUGGGACGGCUGCACGUCUUUGGGGACACCCUGCGGGACCUGUCGGUGGCCCAUUGUCCCCAUGUCACUGAGAGGGGUCUGGCUACCCUCCACCACCUCCGGGAGCUCCGGCGCUUGGACGUGGCUGGGAUCCAGGUGCUGAGCCCGGGGCUGGUUCAGAUCCUGCUGGAGGAAAUGCUGCCAAAAUGCCACAUCCUGGGCUUGGACCUUGGGGACAGUGCGGGGACGGGGACAACGCCACCACUGGAGUCCCCUGCUUGAGGAUGGGGGGGGUUGGGGUGUGGAGGGAGCCACGCUGCCCCCCCGGAGCAUUAAAUCCUGGCAGCUGCGUGCUGCCUCCCCCCC